AUGACUACUCCCGAGAGAAGGCAAAGCGGUUGGUGGGGAAGCAUAUCUGGUGGUCUCUUUGGCUCUGCCGCUAAGCGCCGCAGUGAACCGGAGAGGAUCGAACCUAGACCCGAGCCCACGCGACUCAACGUCCCAGCGAGAGACUCGAUCCUCGAGAAUGGCGCACAUCAUGAUACGCCGAGACCGCGCGUUUCGUUCCAGGAGGAAGACCGGGCCACAUCCCCAGAGAGCCCAGCUAAGCGCGCCUCGGCUGCGCAGAUGGCUACUCGCAAAAUUUUCGAGCGCCCACAGGGUCCCUCAAGCAAGCUUUCGAGCAGUACUGUCAGGGCAACAAAUUUCUCGGCUGUUGCAUCGCCGCGUCCCAUGUUCAGGGCCUCGUCAGCUGCACCCGAAGGUGGCAGGUUUCAGUUCACGCCGCGAGCUGGUACGCCCGCAAGGCCUACCAACAACGCUUUCCGCGCCACUACCACCGCGACCUCCGCUCCAACACCUAGCCGUGAUUUCCGCGCGUCUACCACCGAGAGCAUCAGUCGCGGCAUGGCCAAAGUGCCUCCGAGUGAGCUGUUCUCCAUGAAGAUCCCAGAGCCUCCUGCGAACUUGACCGGAGAGGAGCUUGCAAGGCGCAUCCCGCACAACCCUAACAGGGUUGGAUCGAUCUACGCCGACGAGUAUCUUUCGGACCUUUGCCCUAAAGAAUUCAAUGAGACCCAGAGAAAGCAGUUCUUUUGUAUUUUGGAUCUGCGCCGGCUGAAAUACGCAUCGGACGAGAUCUAUGUCAAGAAGGACUGGAGGUUCAACAUACUCAACUUCGCAAAGGAGUACGAGAAAAGCAGGAGCCUGAUCAUGCUCCGGUACGGACUUUAUGAAUUCAAGAGCAUUAAGCCUUCGCAAGAGGUGGUGUCCAAGUGGAAGGCCUCGCACGGGAUUCCCCUUGAUGACGAGGAGGAUGACACUACAGUACCAUCCGCAGCGUUGACGCGUCCUAACGGCACUGAGGGUAUUCUUUCGCGCGGCAAACGCAAGGCCUCGGACGAGCCAUCGCAGAGCAAGCGAUCUCGUGGAACGGAACGCGAGCCUCUAUCUGAGACUGCUACCCCUGCUCUGAACAAGGGCAGCAAGAAACGUAUGGCAGAUGAUGACAGCGAGAACCCGCCAGCUAAACUACAAAAGUCUGCGACCGCAUCUUCAAAAACGCCAUCGGCAACCAAGAAGUUCUUCGAACAGGUUGCCAAUAGCAAGCCUACUUCGUCACCCUCCAUCACUGUUGAGCCCCCUUCGGCGUCGAAGCCCAAGCCGGCGUUCUCGUCGGCCUUUGGUGCUACUUCCAACAGCUCGACAACCAAGUCAAUCUUUGAGGCUAGCGCCUCCACCAAGUCGACGACCGGAAAACUGGAUGCUAAGCCCAAUAUCUUUGGCCACCUUUCAGACACAGGAUCCGGCCCGGCGAGCGGAGCUGAGAACGACGCUGAAGACGAGAAUGACUCGGAGGAUGAUGCUCAGGAGACUAGCCAAAGCGACGACCAGAGCGGUGCAGCUAGCGGGGUUGCUGUUCCGACUCAGGCUGGCGGUGAUUUGUUUGGCAAGAAGCGCACUGCUGGUGGUCCUUUCGUGUCAUCGUCCACGUCUUCCGAGGCGGGUGAUGCCCAAUCGGGCCCAAGCCUCUUUGACCGUGUCACAAAAGGUGAUGAUGGGAAACCCAAACGCAUAUUUUCGCCCAAUACAAGUACUGUAGCUUCACCAGCUCCAUCCAAGCCUGCGUCAGACAACGAGAAGGCAUCCAGCUCUAUCAAGCCGCAGCAACCCCUGGUUGGCAACCAGACAUGGUCCGUUGAUUCCCCCAUCAAGUUUGCUGCUGCCCCAUCAACUUCAGGCUCUUUGUUUGGAGCAGCUCCCGCGGCUGCUAAGUCGCCAGCUACCGAUCAAGACUCGACCACCACCAACGCCGCACCUAAGCUUUUUAGCUUCGACUCUAAGCCCGCCGAGACAGGCGCAAGCUCUACUCCAAAAUUCGGUACCUCGCUUGCUGGUUCUACAACUUCCAGCCUUUUCGGUGCCAAAACCAAUGGGUCGACUCCUGAGGCCAGCAAGGAGUCAAAGACAACUGAGGCAACGCCGUCGGCAGCACCCUCUCAGAAAGCGCCUCAUCCUAUGUUUGGCGCGGUGCCAGGCCAGGAAUCUAAGCCUUCCUUUACCGCUCCUGGACAGUCCGAUUCCAAGUCGGUCUUCGGUGCGGCAAAGCCUCUUUUCGGUGCCGACCCCAGCGGCUCAGAGUCUGCCAAGCCCUUGUUUGGUGCAGCUGCUGCGCCAGACAAGCCCAAGGCCAAUCCUAGUUCUCUCUUCGGCUCGAGCACUGCACAACCGUCAGUGGCUUUUGGCUCUGCAGCGCCAACGCCGAACCCUUCUACCAGCCUUGGAUCGUCACAGGAACCACCCAAGCCUCUGUUUGGACAGACUGCUGCCAAGGACGCACCCGCGCCGUCCUUCGGUUUCGGUGCAAAACAAGACACUCCCAAGCCUCUAUUUGGACAGGAAGCCGCAAAGGAUACGCCCAAGCCUCUAUUCGGGCAGGAAGCUGCAAAGGAUGCCCCCAAGCCUACAUUCAGCUUUGGGGACAGUUCGCAAAAGCCGCAGACGCCAAGUCUGUUUGGCGCUGCGGGCGGCCAGAGCACUCCUACCACCCCGGCCUUUGGAGCCGCCAAGAGGAGUGCUGAGCCAGAAGAGACCGGAGAGCCGCAAGCCAAGCGCAGCAUGUUUGGCAAUGCCGCCCCAGUUGCAACCCCGAAUCCACAAACAUCUCUCUUUGGUAAUUCUGCAACUUCAACAGCGGCUGCGACGACACCAUCUUUGUUCGGCAGCGCUGCUACGGCAGACAACAACAAAUCAGCACCAAGCUUCACCUUUGGUGGUGCGGCAGAAAAGACUUCAUCACCAACACCUUUGUUCGGAGCAACCUCGACGGCGGGCGCCUCGACGCCAUCUUUCUCCUUCGGCGCCGGCACUGCUAAUGGGACUUCAACGCCGUCCUUCAGCUUCGGUGGAGGUGCCACGCAGAAUGGUGCUUCUACACCGGCACCUUCGUUCAACUUUGGCGGUACGGGCCAGUCCAACGGCCAGGCCUCUAACCAAAACUCGACAUUGUUCGGAGGUAGUGUCUCCGCUCCAAGUUCAUUCACUUUUGGUGCUGGUGGCGGAGGUGACAAGCCUUUCAACAACCCAUUCGCCAGCGGUGGCGGUGGCGAUGCUGCUGGAUCGGUGAGCUUCAACUUUGGUGGUGGCUCAAACACCCAGCCCGCAGGCGCUGGUGGCUCAUCGGGCAUGUUCAACUUUUCCAGCGGCGGUUCCAACGGAACCUUAACUCCGGUUUUCAGCUUUGGAGGAGGUGGCCAAACCAAUGGUACCGCUGCUUCUCCUGGAAAUGCCGCGGCAGGCGGCUCGAUAUUCAACUUGGCUCCUCCCGUGGGCGGCACCUCAACAGGUACUAACACCCCUUUUACUUUCGGAGGAGCUUCAAGCCUGGCUACCACGCCGGCUGCUGGCACGCCCGAGCCAGCUGCCAAUGGUGAUGCAGAUGCACAGAAGGCUGACGGGGACGAGGAACCACAGGCGCAAAUCAAUCUUACAGAAGGAGGGCCGGGCGAGGAGGACGAGGACGUCGUUUUUGAAGUACGGGCUAAGGCCUUAAAGCUCAUCAACAAGGCCGACGAGUCGGACGAAGAAGUCGCGAAGAAGGACGAGAAGAAGUCGCCCUGGAAGACGAUGGGUGUCGGCCCCUUGAGGCUGCUCAAGCACAAGACUACGGGUGGGGUACGAAUUCUCCUGAGGGGAGAGCCGCGGGGCAACGUGGUUAUGAAUAAGUUGCUCCUGGCCAAUUACGAUUACAAGACGGAGCCGGGCGACAAAUAUGUCAAGUUAACUACCGCCAAGGACGGGGGCGGCUUGGAGACGUGGAUGUUGCAAGUCAAAGACAAAACCAAGGGCAAGGAGCUGGCUACCGCGCUGAUGAAACACAAGGACGCCAACAAGCCCAAGGACUAA